UAACGUCAAACUUGGAGUGAGCUAUUCAUAUCGUUGAAAUGUCGGCAAUAAGGGCUAGAAGCUUAUCAACGGGCAAGGAUGUGCCUCGGUCAUCCGGGCUCAGCGAUAAUAGCCGGUCCGACGGACAGUCCAAUAGUCUAUCCGAUGAUGAACUGGAGCCCGGAAAUGAGGCGAAGCCGGCGGCAGAUGUCACCAUCUAUAACUUCUAUAAUAUGGGCCCGGCCUUUGGCAAGAAGUUCCCAUUGCCCUACAUUCGCUUCAUGGUGGGCCAGGUGGUCAAGGAUAAGUUGGGCAAUAAGAACUACAGUCAGUCGGACGCCUUGAAGUGGACCCGCGAUGUCGCCGACGAGAUAAACCUCAAGAUGAAGGGCCGGGGAUCCUGUCCGAGGUUCAAGCACGUGGUGAACGUAAUGCUAUAUCAGCAGACCGGAUGCGGAUGCUUCUACGGAGCCCGUGCCAUUUGGGAUCAUCUAUCCGAUGACUAUGUGAGCUAUACCUACGAUGGCGGCAGUUUCAUCUGCAUCGUCUCUGUUUUCGGUUGUUAUCAGUAUUGAGUUAAUUGGUUCAUGUAAAUAAACGUGCAAAUUGUUGAGUAUUA